CUACUAGCCGAAUUGGAGAUAUUGUCCGUGAUCAUGACAUGUCUAUAUCAAACAUGAAUGGUGAUCAAAACAGCAAGAAGAAUUUAAAGGCGAUUGGAGAUGAGUUAAGGUUGGUCAUACAAAAUAUGGAAACCAAGGGCGAUCAGGUUUCGAUUUUGCGUGAAAUUAUGCAGAGUACAUUAAAACACAACCAGUCCAAGUCAGAGUAUGCAGCCGAGAGGAAAGGUGUGAUUACUUCACACUCUGGCGGUAAUUCUAGCAAUAACGUGUCACAUAGGGCUGCAAAGGAGAAACGAUACUUGCUUUCAACCGUGACUUCGCGGUCCAAGUCGCGCGAGUCUAUUUUCAGAAAUGGCAACCCUGCUCAUGGCGUUGGGAGCGAUGGAGAUGGUGUCUAUAGCUCCAAAUCAGUGCCAAUGCAUGGAGGAAAGCCCAUAUACAAUCGUAGAAAUGAUGCUGUUGAUGGUCAGAAAGCCAACAUUCCACGGUGGAGUACUCAUCGCUCUGCUAGCCAUUCACCUGGUCGACUAGUAGCUAGUCUCAGUCUUUUGAAAAGUAGUCAAAAAGUACAAGAUGCACUCGUCGAUUCUGUAUCCAACAUUUAACCGACUGAGCUGUUGAAUAUAGUGACUUGGUAAAACAGCAGUGUGAUAUUUUUGAUAUUUGAAAUAAAACCCAGUUUAGUUUUGAUGGUC